UUUUCGCCCGCCUCUGGAGGAAAAAAAAAUUCCUUACUUCACAUUACCACCAAACUGACCACCAACCACGACCAAACACCACGUUUAACAUAACGAUAAUAGAGGGUCUGUUGAUUUCGGACUCUCAUUUUAUUCACGAAACUCGCGACACCUCUUGACGAGACGUGCGCGAUCUUUGGAGGCCCGGAAGCCCCUCCCAUUUAAUUCAGUGACGCUUUAACGCACCCACCAACAACAAAACCCCCGCAUCCCAACAAACAUCACCAAGAUGUCUUUGGAGGACGUUCCCGAAACUCAAAUUGAGAGUAACUACGAUGGCGUUUGCGACUCCUUCGAUGACAUGGACCUGAAGCCUGAGCUUCUCCGUGGUGUCUAUGCCUAUGGUUUCGAGCGUCCCAGCGCUAUUCAGUCGCGUGCUAUCAUUCCUGUUGUCAAGGGUAACGAUGUCAUUGCCCAGGCCCAGUCCGGCACUGGCAAGACCGCCACCUUCUCUAUCUCCGUUCUUCAAAAGAUCGACCCUGCCGUCAAGCAGUGCCAGGCCCUGAUUCUGGCCCCUACUCGUGAGCUUGCCCAGCAGAUUCAAAAGGUCGUCGUCGCUAUUGGCGAUUUUAUGAACAUUGAGACCCAUGCCUGCAUUGGCGGCACGAGCGUCCGCGACGACAUGAAGGCCCUGCAGGAUGGCCCCCAGGUCGUCGUUGGUACUCCUGGUCGUGUCCACGACAUGAUCCAGCGUCGCUUCCUGAAGACCGACAGCAUGAAGAUGUUCGUCCUUGACGAGGCUGACGAGAUGCUUUCGCGUGGUUUCACCGAGCAAAUCUACGACAUUUUCCAGCUCCUGCCCCAGGCCACCCAGGUCGUUCUCCUCUCGGCUACCAUGCCCCAGGACGUUCUCGAAGUCACCACCAAGUUCAUGCGUGACCCCGUUCGCAUCCUGGUUAAGAAGGAUGAACUUACACUCGAGGGUAUUAAGCAAUUCUACAUUGCUGUCGAGAAGGAAGAGUGGAAGCUUGACACUCUUUCCGACUUGUACGAGACCGUCACCAUCACCCAGGCCGUCAUCUUCUGCAACACCCGCCGCAAGGUCGACUGGCUUACCGAUAAGCUCACCGCCCGUGACUUCACCGUCUCGGCCAUGCACGGCGAUAUGGACCAGUCUCAGCGUGAUCUGAUUAUGAAGGAGUUCCGAUCCGGCUCCUCCCGUGUCCUCAUUGCCACUGAUCUGCUUGCUCGUGGCAUUGACGUUCAGCAGGUCUCGCUGGUCAUCAACUACGACCUGCCCGCAAACCGCGAGAACUAUAUCCACCGUAUCGGACGUGGUGGCCGAUUCGGUCGUAAGGGUGUUGCCAUCAACUUCGUUACUGCCGAGGAUGUUCGUAUGAUGCGCGAGAUUGAGCAGUUCUACAGCACCCAGAUCGAGGAGAUGCCCAUGAACGUCGCUGACCUCAUCUAAUAAAAAAAAAAUAUCGAGGAGACGAGAUUCCUGUCCUGGUCAUCGCACAUUGGCGGUGUCAUAGGGCGGCGGCUUUGCAUUUUUGGGUGGAGUAUUCGUGAGACUUCGCAAGGGCUUUUUGAUUGUCUAUAGAGUGGUCGAGGCUACCUGGGUAGAGAGCCGCGUGGCCGCGGCUACCUGCGGUGAGUUUCGGCCGUGGCUCACGGGGUAGCAACCAAAAAGUGGCUUCAUGGCAUGCGGAGAGGACACAUGGGUUUCCUUCGGCACCUUUAAUGCUUUCCGAAGGUGCAGGCCCAUACAUCGAGAGUAUGGAUCGGGGGCAUGACUGUAUUUUCGGUUUUCAGAUAGUCUCUCAACUUAUUCAGUUAAGGAAAAUCAUGAAUGUUUUUUUGUCAGUACCUUGUUGGUCAAACUACCUAGGUACUUUAGGAAUUAUAUGGCAAUGGGAGUUGAGUAUUUUACUAGCACACGAGGUCCG